AUGGCUGCAGAGAAGGACUACGGGAAGGAUGUCGAGGUCACGGCUGGGUCGUACUCUGGCUCUGAGAGCCCGACUACCUCCCACCCGCCCCUGGACCCGCAAGUGGAGAAGCGGAUCGUGAGAAAGCUCGACAUGAAGGUCAUCCCGAUCUUGUGGAUCCUCUACCUCGUGUCCUUUGUCGAUCGAGGAAACAUAGGCAAUGCCAAAAUUCAAGGCAUGGACAAGGAGCUCAAGCUUGAGGGGCAGAUGUUCAACAUUGCUGUCAUCGUAUUCAACAUUGGCUAUGUCACGGCCGGAAUUCCUCUCAGCAUUGUCUUCCGGAAGACCGGCCCAAAGUCGCUCGCCGUCAUGAUGUUCCUUUGGGGCCUGACCGUCAUUGGCCAAGGGUUGACAAAGAGCUACGCAGGCCUGGUGGUUUGUAGGACCCUGGAAGGUAUCGCUGAGGCCGCUUUCGUUCCUGGCGCAGCCUACCUCAUUGGAUCCUACUACAAGAAAAAUGAGUUCCUCAAGCGCUACGUCAUAUUCUUCAGCGCUGGAAUCUUUGCAGGCGCCAUUAAUGGGUUCCUCGCGUAUCUGUUCGUGAAGAUGGAUGGCGUCGGUGGUUACUCCGGCUGGCGAUGGAUCUUCAUCAUGGAAGGGCUGGUUACUGUCCUCGUCAGCUUCGCUUGCAUUUUCUUCAUCGUGCCCUUCCCUGAGCAGUCAACAUUCUUGGCUCCUGAAGAGAAGGAGAUUCUUCUGGCCCGGCUUAAGGCAGAUGGCGGUGCUGUGGAACACGACAAACUUACGGUAGGACGUGCUCUAGGAUUCUUCAAGGACUGGAAGAUCUGGGCGGCCAUCAUCAUCUAUGUCGGUGCUGAAGAGAACGCAAACUCGAUUGUCAACUUCCAACCCAGCAUUCUUAAAGGCAUCGGCUACACAGCCAUCGAAGCCCAGACCCACACGAUCCCUGUAUAUGUUACCGCAAUGGCAUUCUCCAUCAGCUGCGCUGUCUUGAGCGAGUAUCUGCGCCAGAGAUAUCUUUUCGCCAUGGUCGGGUUCAUCACACUUUGCAUUGGCCUCGCCGUGGAGGUUGCUCAGUCAAAGGUUGCAGGCGUAAAGUACAUGGGUAUGUUCUUCAUGACUUCCGGCGCAUACCUAGUCAUGCCCCUGGCUGUCGUUUGGAUCGCCAUAAAUGUUGGAAAAGGCUACAAACGCACCGUCGCUUUGGGCGCUAUUGUUGCCUUUGGUAACUGCGGGGCCUUUGUCGGUUCUAACGUUUUCCUUACUUCUGAGGCAAAGACUGGCUACCACACUGGGUUCAGCGUUGGCAUGGCGUUCUGCUGCGCCGGCGCUCUCGCUUCGACUAUCAUGUAUGUGGGUAUGCGUUUAGGGAACAAAAAGCGAGACGAAGCGAGGAAAACGUUGCCCCCGGCGUUGGAUGAGCUGAGUCUGGAGGACAUGGGUGAGAAACAUCCGGACUUCCGUUACUCUUUGUAA